GCAUUUUAAAUAUGUGUGGCCACAUGAUUCCCUACCGCUGCGAAUCGAAAUCAGUACAUGCGUGGAAAAUACGAGCUUGGUAUUAAUUUACAAUUUUUUUAAUUUUAUUCUAGGCCCUUUUAAUAAUAAUAAUAAUAAAUCUAUAUACAUACACACGAAGAGACGGUGCUGCCAUCAUACGUCUCUGGUCGGUCUCUCUCUUGUACUCUGAAGUCCAGGCCAUCACCUUGGAUCAAGUUCUCUCUCUCAGAGUCCUUGAAUUACAAACUUCCAGGGAUCAAUCAGGGCCCUUGAAUCACAAAAUUUUGAGAUAAACAAGAAGCAAACAAGCAGGGUCAGUGACUUGCUUACUUGGAACAAUUCUCUUCUUUGCUUUGCUUUACACAGGCCAAAUUUGCAGAUAUGGGAGCCUCAAACUCUACAAUAGAAGAGGAUAAGGCCCUGCAGCUAUGUCGAGAACGGAAGAAGUUUGUUAAACUGGCACUUGACGGCAGGUGCUCGCUUGCAGCGGCUCAUUUUAUGUACAUUCAAUCGCUAAAGAAUACUGGAACAGCUCUUAAGAUAUUUGUCGAUCUUGGGGCUCCCGUUGAGUCUUCCUUGUACACUUCCACUAGUGCAACCCCAGAGCUUCUUGUUCAAACUGGCAAGAGUCUUUCUCAAUUCUCUUUUUCCUCUCCAUCUGUAUCACAACGCAUGGACGCAGCUGAAACGUUCUCACCAUCUCCAUCUCCUCCAAGUUCUACUCGAUUUCAAGCAAAUCAUAUGAAAUUCAGGGGCGGCUUUUCUAAAACGGUUGAAGAAAAGCCUCCUAUUCCUCUUACUACAACGCUAACCUCCUCUAGCACCCCACAGAAUACCACACCUCGAUCUGCCGGAAAACCUGAAACAUCACCAUUUGAAGCUUCGUCACUCCCACCACAAACACCACCAUUUGAAGCUUCAUCACUCCCACCACAAACUCCACCAUGGGAUUACUUUGAUUUUUUUCAUCCAAUUGACCAUCAAUUUUCUUUUCAAGAAGGGAAGGGAAUGAACCAGGGGUUUGAAAAUAACGAUGAUAUGAGACAGCUUAGGGAAGAGGAGGGAAUUCCUGAUCUGGAAGAUGAAGAAGAGAAGGCUUCUUUUCAUGGAAGGGAAGAAUCUCAGGAUUCUGAAGAUGAAUUCGAUGAGCCUGCUACAGAUACCCUGGUUCGAAGUUUUGAAAAUCUUAACAGAGUACAGGAUCAUGUUGAAGCUAGUGCUUCACCUACAAUGCCUUCUGCAGGAAGUGUAACUUCUGAAACUGAGUUAUUGAAUGGGAAGAAAAGUAACACUCCAGAUUUGUCACCAUUGAGAUCCACAUCCUCACCAGUUGCAGUUGAAACUGACUCAACUAAAACAACAGUUAAAGAAGAUUUUGAAAGUAAGGUUGCCCCAAAAGAUUUUUUUUCAAGCAUGAAGGAUAUUGAAGUUCUCUUUAUAAGAGCUUUCGAGGCUGGCAAAGAAAUUCCUAGAAUGCUUGAAGCAAAUAAGUUUCAUUUUCGUCCAAUAUUCCAGGAAAAAGAAAGUGGAUCAAUUUCAUCUAAAUUCUUGAAGGGUUGUUUCUCUUGCGGUGAAGACCCAAGUCAAGUUCAAGAAGAUCCUCCUGAAACUGCUGUGAAGUACCUAACUUGGCAUAGGACAACAUCAUCUCGAUCCUCUUCAUCGAGGAAUCCUUUGGGAGCAAACUUAAAAGAUGAUACUGAUGAUCAUACUGGUAACCUCUUUGACAACUUCUGCAUGAAUUCAGGCAGUCAUGCCUCAACCUUGGAUAGGUUAUAUGCUUGGGAGAGGAAGCUUUAUGAUGAAGUCAAGACCAGUGAGAUGGUUAGAAGGGAUUAUGACUUGAAGUGUAAGAUUCUAAGGGAACUAGAAUCAAAAGGAGAAAGUUCUCAAAAAAUUGAUAAAACUCGUGCUGUUGUCAAGGAUCUACAUUCUAGAAUCAGAGUGGCUAUUCACAGAAUUGACUCAAUAUCGAAGAGGAUUGAGGAAUUACGAGACAAAGAGCUCCAGCCUCAACUCGAAGAGUUGAUUGAAGGGUUAAGGCGGAUGUGGGAGGUGAUGCUUGAAUGUCACAAGCUUCAGUUUCACAUAAUCUCAAUAGCUUACAACAACAGCAACACCAAAAUCUCUGUACAGUCAGAAUCACGUCGUCAGAUUACUAUCCAUCUUAAAGACGAGCUCAGCUCUCUAUCAUCGAGUUUUACAAAGUGGAUUGGUGCUCAAAAGUCCUAUGUGCAGUCUAUAGAUGGAUGGCUUUUAAAAUGCGUCACUUUUCCACAGAAGGCUUCCAAAAAGAAAAGGAGGCAGCAGGAAACUGACUUUAGGAAGUAUGGCCCUCCAAUAUAUGUCACCUGUGAUGUCUGGUUGGAAAAGCUUGGCGGGUUACCUGCCAAAGAAGUGGAAGAUUCUAUAAAGACUUUAGCAUCUGAAACUUCCCGUUUUCUACCACGGCAAGAAAAGAAAGAGGGGAAAGAUGCAGGCCAAUCUGAUUUAACAUCCUGGAAGCAUGAGAACGGUAGUGAUUCUGCUGCUAAUAUGUUAAGAGAUGAAGUUUCGCAAGACGGGGUUUCUGGUUUCGACCAUUUCCAAACAAGCUUGGCGGGAUUUAUCGGUAAGUUGGACAACUUUGCAGAGUCGUCUGUAAAGGCGUAUGUAGACCUUCAGAAGGAGAUCCAGCGUGCGAAGAGCAAUUACGAACAGUUUAAAGCUCAAUCUUCGUCACUUUGAAGGACUGAAUGCGUAGGACUAGGGGAGGAAAUAUACCGAAGUACCAACAAAGGAAAGGGAUUUGGAUACGAGUUCAAGUGGACAUGAUGGCAUUUGUAUAUCAAGAGAAAAAUAAAGGGAAGAAAAUAAGGAAGUUGAAUAAAUUUGGUAUUUGAGUUUGGGUGUAUAAAUUUAUAAAUUUGGGGGUGGGGUGGCUCUUGUAACAUUCAGAAUCUCGUCUGGUAUUUUUCUUGUAGCAAGUCCGAGAAAGCUUCUCCUUCUUUCUACCAUGAUCUUUAAUCAUUCGGAAUUUGUUUUUUAA